GAGAAAAAUCAGUUGAUGACAACAAAUGUCUGGUUGAAACAGGAAUGGAGAGACGUAAAAUUAAGAUGGAACCCUGAUGACUAUGGUGGAAUAAAAGUUAUACGUGUUCCUUCCAACUCUAUCUGGACCCCCGACAUUGUUUUGUUUGAUAACGCAGAUGGACGCUUCGAAGGGGCCAGCACCAAAACAGUUGUCAGGUAUGAUGGCACGGUCACCUGGACUCCACCGGCAAACUACAAAAGUUCUUGCACCAUAGAUGUCACCUUUUUUCCCUUUGAUCUCCAAAACUGUUCCAUGAAAUUUGGUUCUUGGACAUAUGAUGGUUCACAGGUUGAUAUCCUUUUAGAGGAUCAAGAGGUAGACAAGAGGGAUUACUUCGAUAAUGGAGAAUGGGAAAUUGUGAGCGCCACUGGAAGCAAAGGGAACAGAAAUGAUAGUUGCUGCUGGUACCCUUAUAUCACUUAUUCAUUUGUGAUUAAGCGCCUGCCUCUAUUUUAUACCCUGUUCCUUAUUAUACCCUGUAUAGGGCUCUCAUUUUUAACUGUACUUGUCUUCUAUCUUCCUUCAAAUGAAGGUAAAAAGAUUUGUCUCUGCACUUCUGUCCUUGUCUCCUUGACUGUCUUCCUUCUGGUUAUCGAAGAGAUCAUUCCCUCCUCUUCCAAAGUAAUCCCUCUGAUUGGAGAAUAUCUGGUGUUCACCAUGAUUUUUGUGACCCUGUCCAUCAUGGUGACCGUCUUUGCCAUCAACAUCCAUCAUCGCUCUUCCUCAACACACAGUGCCAUGGCGCCGUGGGUCCGCAGGAUAUUUCUCCACCAGCUUCCAAAGCUGCUCUGCAUGCGAAGUCACGUAGAUAGAUACUUCACCCAGACAGAGGAGGCUGCGGGCACCGGUGCACCAUCAGCUUCUAGAAACACCUUAGAGGCUGCACUCGAGUCUAUUCGCUACAUCACAAGACAUGUGGUGAAGGAGAACGAUGUCUGUGAGGUUGUUGAAGAAUGGAAAUUCAUAGCUCAGGUACUUGAUCGGAUGUUUCUGUGGAUCUUUCUUCUGGUCUCAAUUAUUGGAUCUCUUGGGCUUUUUGUUCCCGUGAUUUAUAAAUGGGCAAAUAUCAUAGUCCCAGUUCACAUUGAGAAUGCAAAUAAGUAA